AUGCAUCGGUUGUUAGGCCUAUUAGCUUUAAUCAGUUUUGUACAUUGUCAGCUGAACUGUGAUAUACUAGAUCCGGAAUGUAGAGCUUUGUACAGGUGGGUUCAAAGAUCAACAAGAGAAAAUAAGAGCAAAAACGCUGGAAGGAAAACAUUGAAAGAAAACAUUCUUCUUUCAAGAAGUGGAACGAAAUUUAAUGACAUACGACGGAAAGCGAAAAGUAAAUGCGACUAUCAGGAUGUCUGGUUGAUACCCGGCCGAGCUGACACUUCGUGCACACGUCCUGGUGCAAGACGUUUGUUGGAGAUCAGUGCUGGUCAAAUACAUAUUAAGCCAGAACUCGUCCGUCUUCCUGGUUGCUUCACACUUGAGAUAAAGAGUUUGCGAGUCAAAGACGAUGCAAAUGUAGUUGGCAACUCGUUCUUCGCCAAAGCAGAGUAUCAAUGGUGGAAUGUGAAAGAUUUUUCGAAUUUGAAAUGUCAGAAUGCUUCUAGUAAUGGAUGUGGGGGUUAUGGUAACAACUGCUACUAUUGCGACGUGUGCCAUGCUCUCACCGAAAUAGACCACGGCGAUAGCGGAAUGGCGGACUCAAUUGCCAAUCAACUACGUGGUAUCAAAUGUCCCAAACGACCCGGUUAUUAUACAUUCAGAAAGAGUACGGUGAUAAAGUCUUUAGCAAUGACACCGUACUCAUUCCAGGAGUUCUGUUUCAAUGAUUGGACCGCUUUCGAUACUGAUGGUGACUGCGAGAUGGAUUUCUUGCAAGGAGACAGAGGUGAUUACAGAAGUGCAUUGUCAAGUUUGCAACAAGUCGGUCAUGGUUCGGUGAUUGCCAAGGUUCGUCUAGCAUUCAACGCAACUGGAGCCAUUGAACGGAAACGUUUGCUCAAGGAGGCGCAAAUUGAAGACACUGUAGCGAAAGAACUUGAAGAACGUCGCCGUACUUGGGAUGUCAACAACGGACAAUUCGACAAAUUUAGCCAGUGGUAUAUUGAAUAUCGAAAGAAUAUCUGGCACAAGUACGUUCUAGUAAUACAUCUUACAUACAGAGACGACUACCUACCAUGGCUGCUGUAUGAGAACGAGAUCGCCUGCCUUAAGAUAACAUUCGACGUCUGUGAGAAACCGCCUCGCAGAAUCAACUACAGUGGUCGCGUCCGAUACACCUGCGAAAACUAA